AUGGCUGAAAACGCUCAGCUAAGUGCUUUGGAGGUCGGCGAAUUGGAUUUAUUUGUAGACAGCAUGGAACCUUCCGAAAUCGAAAAUAUUGGAAAUUCGGCCUGGAUUGACUGGCAUACAAGGUUGCAGAAAUUAAACCAGCAAGCUGUAUUGGAAGCGUCAUCUAUGAUGGAAGAAGCUACGAAAGAGACACUAAUUUCCCAUGGCAAGUUACCUGUACUUGUUCACGAGGCCAUUUGUAUCCAAGUUUGGCGGUUAAAGAUAUACCCACAAAUGAUGAAACUGGAACCAGCACCAGCUAGUACAUUCGGAAUAUACAUGGUGUUGUAUCACGAGGCAGCAGCAGUUGGCCUUUUGGAGACCGUCCUAUUUCACGAAGACGGAGUCCAAUGUAUCAGCGAUGUUAUUAUUGAUCUACUUCAGUACGCUACAGAACAACUUACUUCAUUAAUAGCACUUCUCAACGACGGUUACUUAAAGCCAUUGUCGGGUCAGGAAAUGGACAGUGAAACUGUGAUAGAAGAGCUUGAGAGGCAGAAAAGAGAUCUGCAGUUCGAUAUAAGUAUGCGAUGCAUCUCUAUUGUUAGGUAUCUGGCGGAGCAUAUGGAGGCAGCAGGCUCGGGUGUGUCCAUUGCAACCAAUCUGUACAAAACCAACGACGUACCUUCAAUUCUAUGUCAUUUACUACAACUGGAACCCUGGAAGAAGGUCAACGACAAAGGCGAUCUGCAAAUAUUUAAUUAUGGGCGUUGGUCGAAGCCAAGUGUUGAUGACUUAUCUCAAAUGCAUCGAAGCGAAGCACAGCUCUGGCUGUGCCUGCGACAACUACUUCUGGAACCUCGACUACGACAUUUCUACGUCAUCGAUGAGGUCCGACGCACGGCAUUUUGUCGCUUGCAAGGUAAAAUGACGGAAGAAAAGAUAGAUCAAAUACCACCAUUAGGGGAACUGAAAACAUUCCUUUGCCAAAUGGCAAUGGGUGACUAUUCCAGCUUGCAUAAUCGCGGGAACGGUGUAAAAGCUCCUGGCUGUACGGUCAUCGAAGUUGUGCCACAGAUAAAAAAUGCUUACCUACGUCAAGUGCACAAGAGGAAGAAGACGCUUGCGGCCAAUCAAUUGAAAAACUGUUUUGUCGAUGGUUCUGAUGAAUCGCGUCGUAUGGCCAAAAAACUAUUGGAAUCUUACACCAGCGAUGCGGCUCUAGCGCUGGACAGUGGCGGCGCAAAGUGCGCUAAAUGCGGAGAUAAAGCUAACAAGAAAUGUUCACGAUGCAAGUCUGAAUGGUAUUGUGGAAGAGAAUGCCAAGUGCAGCAAUGGGCGAAACAUAAGGAUAUUUGCGAUCAGUUUGCCAAACUUCAUGUAUCUGUUUAAUUUUUUUUUUUAAUAAAUAAGCUUGACACGAGAUUUGGUUUAAC